AUGUCCUACCUCCCAAGAACCAUGAGGUUUCUGCUGCUGGCUCUUCCUGUCCUUGCUCUUCUACCCCAAGUGAUCCCAGACUAUGGUGCUGCGAAAAGAUGCUUGAAAAAAUCUGGGCAAUGCAGGAAAAGCUGCAAGGAUGGAGAAAUUUCCCAGGAAUCGUGCAAAUAUUCCCGAGUCUGCUGCAUUGUGGACACCAACAGCUACAAGCAAAGGACCUUCACCACUUGGACCACGGAGGAAACCUCUACAAUAGAGUACGAUCUGUCCUCAGAUGUAGGUGUAUUUAACACAAUAUAGUUGACAGAGUGAUAAAAUAAAUAAAUAAAUAAAUAACGUGA